AGUACCAUAAACAAAAAAAUGAAUAACUCGAAACGUGGUAUUUGUUUAACCUUUGCUGCUUUUAUCUUCCUUUGCUCAAGCUAUAUUUCUUGUUAGUCAGAUGUCAUCAGUCUUCCUUUGAAGAUUAACAAGUCUGAUUAGUUAGUCAUACCUAGUAAGUUCGGUAGUAAAAGCUAAUGUGAGAUUGAAUUGCUUCCUUUAAUUGGAUAUUGCUCUAAUGUAAUUACUUAGUCAAAAGAUUAGUCUAAAACCUGCGGAGCUACUGCUAUUGGUCAAAAUAGUUUUGUUUAAGGAUAAGAAUAUGUUACCAAAUUCUAGCUUGGUAAUUUAACAGCUAACUUAAACUUUACAAAUCCUGAUUCUAAAUCUAGCUUUUAUGGAGAAUAAGCCCUUUGCUUUGGAAGUAUAUUUGAUAAUUAAUAAGAUAAUAUUAUUUAAGAGCUUGCUUCUUAAGGAGUGAUAUAACAAUAGUAAUUCUUUGUCAAUGUUAACAGUACUAAUUCUACAAAAGGUGUUGUAGGAAGUAUAGAUGUUGGUAGCCCAAACUUAUCUUUGAUAAAAAAAGGAUAAAAAUUUGUUUAACUUAAACACUACAACGGCAAUUCAGAUUACUCUACACCCUCAGAUUUCUCAUUGAAGUAUGGAGAUCUUAAACUUAAUUAUGGGACUGUAGCUGGUUUUGAUUUGUAUAGUCCCUAUAUUAGCAUUGGAAUCUUUUAAUUAAACAGUAUCGUCAAAUAGAUUUAAGACGAAGGAAUUUAGUAUGAAUAUCAUUGUGAAUAAUCUGACUUAAGUACCUAUAAAUUCAAUGUAGAUUCUAUUGAGAAGCUGAAGGACAUUUCCCUGAACUUAAUUGCAACUAGCGGAUAACCAUUCAAAAUUACUUUAAAACCAUAGCAAUAUACUAGAAAGCAAGAAAAUGGAAAAUACUAGGUACUCCUCUUCCCUUUAAUUUACAGCAGUUAUAUUAGCCUCGGUUAUACUGUCCUCUAAUCUUAUUAUGUUGGUUUCGAUGUACCUAGCUAAAGUUAUCUCAUUUCUGAAAAAAUCCAAACAAACAUCAAUUAAUUCUGA